AACCAUGGCACACAGUUCCUGCGUUUGUUGUUAUGAGUAGAGCGAUUCCCGUCAGAGAUAAAGGCUAAAUAUACUUAUGUUGCGCGUUAGAUUUAGAAGCUCUAUAGAUGUUUUUAAUUAUUGAGGUAAUACAACAAUCUGAAGAAGUUUGAAAUUCGUAUCUCCCAGGUAUUUUGAAAGCAAAAUGCCAUUUAAAGCAGGAACUCAGAAGUCCAAACAGGUUUCAAGCCAAGCUGCAUCCCAGUCAGUAAAAGCACCUCCACCAAAGCAAGCCAAAGCUGCCUCCAAGAAGAAGGAUGAUGAUGAUACGACUGAGAUGGGAGAAGGGGAGGAGUGGAUGCAGGGAAAAACCCUUUUCAAACCCCCGGAUCAGCUGGAGCUCUCUGAAGUUGAACUGAAAGAGGAGAUUACAAGAAUCCUAACAGCAAACAACCCUCACGCCCCUCAGAACAUUGUGCGCUACAGCUUCAAGGAACGAGCAUACAAACCAAUCAGCAAUGUGGACCAGCUGGCUAUUCACUUCUCACUGGAUGGAAACAUGCUACACAAGGACUCUGAUGAAGCAAGACGACAAGCGGCAAAGAUGGGAAUCUCAGAAAGAACAACCACCACUGAAACGAGUACCAGAGAGACAGAAGAGAGGACUGAAGCUCCGGCCAGUUUGGAAGAGGCAGGAGAAGUGGAGGAGGGAGUCCGCGGUGCUGACAGCCGGAAGGGGAAACGUGAACAAAAAAUCACCAACCAGUUUAACUUCAGCGAGAGAGCCUCCCAGACACUCAACAACCCCCUGAAGGAAAGAGAGUCACAGACAGAACCCCCACCCCGAGCAAACUUUUCAGCCUCAGCCAACCAGUGGGAAAUCUAUGACUCUUACGUGGAUGACCUCGCGAAACAGGAGAGGAACAAAGAGAAGCAGAAAGCACCCCCUACCAAAAAAGAGGACGAUAAGUCCAAGAAAAAGAUGACUUCCAUUGAGACACAGAGUGAUGACAUCACAAAGGUUGCCAAGUCUUCUAAAAUCAUUGAGCGAAUGGUGAAUCAGAACACAUUUGAUGACAUCGCACAGGAUUUCAAAUAUUUUCAAGAUGCUUCUGAUGAGUUCAGGGAGCAGGAGGGCACCCUACUGCCUCUGUGGAAAUUCCAGUAUGACAAGGCCAAGAGACUGGCAGUAACUGCCCUCUGCUGGAGCCAGACCUACAAAGACAUGUAUGCAGUGGGUCAUGGCUCUUAUGACUUCACGAAGCAGAGCCGUGGGAUGCUCCUCUUCUACACCCUGAAGAACUCCACCUUCCCCGAGUUCAUCUUCCCCACAAACAGCGGGGUCAUGUGCCUGGACAUCCACAAGGUGCACCCCUACCUGGUGGCGGUGGGCUUCUACGACGGCUGCGUGGCCGUGUACAAUCUGAAGGAAGGGGGGGUUCAGCCAGCCUUCAGGAGCACGGCCAAGUGUGGGAAACACACAGACCCCGUGUGGCAGGUAAAAUGGCAAAAAGAUGACAUGGACAACAAUCAGAAUUUUUUCUCUGUGUCCUCAGAUGGAAGAGUUGUUUCCUGGACGCUGGUGAAGAAUGAGCUGGUUUACAUGGAUAUUAUCAAGCUGUCUCUGGACGGAGCCAUGAUGGAUGGGCCUGAGGGGAUGCAGUUGCACACUACGGCAUGUGGAACCUCAUUUGACUUCCACAAACAAACAGAUUAUCUUUUCCUUGUUGGGACCGAAGAAGGCAAAAUACACAAGUGUUCCAAAGCCUACUCCAGCCAGUUCCUGGAGACCUAUCAAGCCCACAACAUGGCUGUUGAUGCAGUGCGCUGGAACCACUUUCACCCCAAAGUGUUCAUCUCCUGCAGUUCAGACUGGACAGUCAAGAUCUGGGAUCACACUAUCAAGACCCCGAUGUUCACCUUUGACCUGAAUGCAGCUGUCGGAGAUGUAGCCUGGGCUCCUUACUCCUCUACAGUAUUCGCAGCCGUCACCACGGAUGGGAAGGUGCACGUCUUCGAUCUGAGUGUGAAUAAGUAUGAGGCAAUCUGUGAGCAGCUCGUGGUGGCAAAGAAGAAAACCAAGCUGACCCACAUUGAGUUUAACCCCGUCCACCCCAUCAUCAUCGUGGGAGAUGACAGAGGCUGUGUCACCAGCCUAAAGCUGUCACCUAACCUGCGCAGGCAGCCAAAGGAAAAGAAAGGGCAGGAGGUGCCCAAGGGACCCGAGGUGGAGGUCGCAAAGAUGGAGAAAAUCCUGAACCUACUGCGGGAGCCAGAGAGCCUGGACAACAAAUAAAGAGCAGGAAUGUAGCUGCUGGGGAAUGUCAGAAGAACCCCUACUCUGUACUUACAAAGCAAGGACAACCCCUGCAACACAC